CAAUCAGAAAGAAAGCCUUGCCAUUGCCCGGAGCAGGUUGGCUGGCUCAUGGCGGGUCUUUUUCACCUGUACAUCUCCUACUCAUCAGACUUGUUUCCCUUCUCGUGGUUGCAAAAGACAGAGGACCUCAAGGUGCGUUGUAGGGACAGCAUCAGAGAGAAGGCGACUUUCUCAAUAUCCCCAGAGCUCCUACAAGCUAUCCACAAGUGUGAGAGAGUUACUGCGCCGGAGAAAACUCUGGGCCUUCCAAGUGAUUGGGGUUUCUCUGGCUUCAUGAAGACUGCUGCCCACCAGGUUUUAGAUGAAGUUCCCUUUACUAAGGCUGAAGAGUUUCAAGGCCCUCUUUUCCGCAGACUGGGCAUCGGCAUCAUAAUCAAUUCCCACCCCCGCAUCAAAGGGGAACAGAUCUUCUAUCUUCAUCAUAAUCACUGGAGCUGCAUGAUUCGGGAUCGCUCAAGCACAGUCAAUACAAAACUGCAAGAAAACAGCAGAGAUUAUCUUCUGAAAAGUGAACUACUGGCAGUCACAUCAAUCUUUUACCGUCAGAUGAAUGAGAUGGUGUGGCUUCCUGAGGAGAACCGGUACAUGGCCAAACCCAUAUACAAGGAAGGUUUCUUGGCAGCCACGGUUGUGACAUUCAUUUAUGGGAAAGUACGCAUAGUCCAAGCGACCUGCGACCCAUCGGAAACGAACCCAAUGCUCACCUUGACACUGAGGGCUGUAUAUGACCUCGGCAAAGACAACUACGACAGAAAGGUAGCCUUUGAUAUUCUGAAAUGGAUUUUCUGUCCUCCUGAGCCCGCCAAGGAGCUUGCUAUAAGACGAAAGCGGGCCACUACCAUCCCUGGGGCCAGUGCUGUCCCUGGGGCCACCGAUUUUGCCGUCCCUGGGGCCACUGAUGUCCCUGAUCUCGUCACAAUCGAUGCAAGAAGUACGUAA